CUCAUCACUAAUUAGUAACAAGCUUAUUAAACAAGAAUCAGGUAGACGAAGGGUAGGUGAGGUUUUGGUGCCCAACUCUCUCUUUUUCCAUCAUCAUACUUCUCCUUCUCCCUCUCCAAAUCCACACUGUCGGGAUCUCCAAUCUCGGAGAUCCGCAGAGAUGGAUAAGGGAUCUAGGGAGACGAGGGCGAAUCAUGCCGGAGUAGCUCCAGCGGAGCCCGAUUUCCCCUUGCAAUGGGGGUGCCGCAAGCGCCUCCGCCGCAUCAAGGUCAGGGACAAAGGAUCCGCCGCAAAAUCUGGCGUCCGGAGGGGAAUCGCGUCUCGGAAUGUCCGCCGCAUCGCAGAUCAAGAGUUCCCCCCGCACCCGCCUCUUUAUCCCCUCAGGAGGUCGGAAUCGGCCGGGAGCGAGAACCAUAACUCCCGAUCCGUCUCGUCGUCGCCGGAUAAGGAUGACCGUUGCUACACGACCAGGGGAUCGGCGGCGUUGGUAUGCGAGGGCGAGAACGCCGACGAGAGAGCCUCGGCAGCCUCUCUACCUCGAUUCUUCGUUUCGCUGUCGAACAAGGAGAAGGAGGAGGACUUCAUGGCGAUGAAGGGGUGCAAGCUGCCGCAGCGACCCAAGAAGAGAUCCAAGCUCGUCCAAAAAUGCAUACUCUUGGUGAGUCCUGGAGCAUGGCUGUCAGAUCUCUCACAGGAGAGGUAUGUAGUCAGGGAGAAGAAGGGAUCAAGAAAGAGGAGAAGAGGAUUGAAGGCCAUGUCCAUGGAGAGUGAUUCAGAAUGAAGCAAAAGGGAGAGAUGCCCGAGUUGGGAAGCUUUUAGAACAAGUGAAAUGAGUUCAGGCUUGUAUCAA